AUGUUGAUUGCAUCCUGCUAUGCGGCAGACCUUGUCAUGGGCAUGAGAGGCUGCAGCAGUAAAGGGAGAGAAUCAGUCCCCACUCCCCUGGAGCUCGCGAUCCUGUUACAUCAGGCAAUGAAAUCAAGGGGCAUAGGGCAGUGGGCCACCAGCCACCUCAAAGUUUCUUCACGGGCUUUUGUUGCCAUCGGGGAUUACAAUGGACAUGUCGGUCUGGGUGUUAAGUGCUCCAAGGAGGUAGCUACUGCCAUCCGUGGGGCCAUCAUCCUUGCCAAGCUCUCCAUCGUCCCCGUGCAGCGAGGCUACUGGGGGAAUAAGAUCGGCAAGCCCCACGCUGUCCUCAAGGUGACGGGUCGCUGUGGCUCUGUGCUCGUGCGUCUCAUCCCUGCUCCCAGGGGCACUGGCAUCGUCUCAGCCCCUGUGCCCAAGAAGCUGCUGAUGAUGGCUGGUAUUGAUGACUGCUACACCUCUGCCAGGGGCUGCACUGCCGCCCUGGGCAACUUCGCCAAGGCCACUUUUGAUGCCAUCUCUAAGACCUACAGCUAUCUCACCCCUGAUCUCUGGAAAGAGACCGUGUUCACCAAGUCUCCCUAUCAGGAAUUCACUGACCAUCUUGUCAAGAACCACACUAGAGUCUCCGUACAGAGGACCCAGGCUCCAGCUGUGGCUACCACAUAGUUUUAUACAAGAAAAAUAAAAAGUGAAUUAAG